AUGGGCGACAACCACCUGGCUACUCUCAGCAAUGAUCCUGCUGCCAAUGCUCCCGAUGCGGCCGCUGCGGAUAAGGGCAAGGGCAAGGGAAAGGGUAAGGCCGCUGAUGAGCCUACCCUGGAAAUGAGCAUGGACGAGGAAGAGGACAGUGAUGAAAGCGAAGCUGAGGAAAUGAUGGCGGACGAUGAUGACGAUGAUGACCACGACAAUCUUGAACCCAUCUCUGAAGAAAAUAUCAUUUCUGGAGGUCGUCGGACACGAGGCAAGACCAUCGACUUCCAGGAGGCGGCCGAGAAGCUGAAGGCCGAGGAUGAGAUGGACGACGAGGACGAUGACGAUGAGGAAUUCCAACCUAACGACGAGGACAUGCGCGAUUGA